CGCUGCUGCUCUGCUCGCGCUGCCACAUAGACACACAACACACACAGAGCCAUCCGCGCUAACGGUGAUAGCGGCGUAAACAGGCCCUGUGGCCAUGGCUAAAGACCCAUUAGCCGAGGCAGGCUUUUACUUUGACGAGCUCAACAAGCUGCGGGUCCUGGAGCCUGAUGUCAGCCAGAAGACUUCAGAGCUCAAGGAGGAGUGUAAAGAGUUUGUGGACAAAAUCGGCCAGUUUCAGAAGAUAGUGGGUGGUCUAAUAGAGCUGGUGGAUGAGCUGGCAAAAGAAGCAGAGACAGAAAAGAUGAAGGCAAUUGGAGCCAGAAACCUGCUGAAGUCGGUGGCAAAACAAAGAGAGGCGCAGCAGCAGCAGCUACAAGCUCUCAUAGCUGAGAAGAAGAUGCAACUCGAGAGAUACCGUAUUGAGUAUGAAGCCCUGUCCAAAGUGGAGUCCGAGCAGAACGAGUUCAUCGAUCAGUUCAUCCUGCAGAAGUGAAGACUAACGGAACACAAACAUGUUCGACUUUUCCAGAGUGCCUGUCCUGUUUUCUCUGGCUGAUCAGAGAAAUACUCUGCUGCAACUCUUUUUCUGAAGCAAUCCCAAAGCUCCAGCUUCGUUCACACAUCCUCCUCUUGACACCAGUUCUCUCAGACAUGCUUGUGUGUGUGAAACAACAGCCAGCUGCCUACUGUAGCUCCUCCCACUCUGGCCAGCGAGCUUGACUGCAGGUGGAACCAUAUGUUCUGUUCACACCAAAUGUCUCAACAUCUCAGACCAACAUUGAAGAAGAUGGAGCUAUUUAUACAAAGGAAAACUAUUUAUACUAUUUAUACUAAAAUUACUCUGUAUAUCUAGUUUUAUUACUUUUUUAUCCAUUGAAAUAAAUACUGCAUGUGCAUGCAUUGGAAAAGAAGUUUUAGUUACAGUAAAGAUGAGCAGGAUCAGGAUGUUUCUUGUUAAUUGUUCCUUCUGUUGGUACAGCACAUCAGAAACAUUCUCCUCUUAUUCAGAUAAAUGUUUGUUUUUUCUGUUCUGUAUAUCAUUGGUUAUACUUGAAUACUGUAUAUCGCACAAAAGUAUGUUUUUUGCUGUCCAGAUGUAGGAGAUGUGGGUGAGCAAGUUUAACAUUGUGCUAUUAUGUCUUGUUUUAAUAAAGAUGAGUUGAUAUCCGUCUA